GCCGCCCAGAAAUGCUAUCAUAUCCAUCUCAUCUGAUCUGAUCGAUCUUUUCGAUCUUGCGCGUAUUUAAUAAGCGAGAUCACCCUGCGGUAGAGCCAACUCUUUAUUUCGCAACCACUUUUUUUUUCUUUAUUUAUACCAGUUCUAAGCAUGGCCGACAUCAAGCCAGUCUCCCCUCCUCGGUCAUCCGAGGAGUCCAGAAUUGGCGACGAGAAGCUUGACGACACGCAUUCCCCAGCCUAUCUUGAUGAGGCAGGCCAGGUGCAUCCAGAUGGCACGCCAUUUUCGUCCACCGCCAGAUCCUACGGUGUGCGCAGAACCGAGCUCAUGACGGCCCAGUUUUCAACAACGUGGUUGAAAAUCGCGUUUUAUGUUGCUGCUUUUCUCUGUUCGUAUGUAUAUGCCUUGGACGGCACCUUGAGAUCCACCUUCACCGUUUAUGCCACCAGCUCGUACUCGCAGCAUUCGCUUUACACCGCAGUGGCUGUGAUCAGAGCAGUGAUUGCCGCAGCAUCACAGCCAACGUAUGCUCGGUUGUCCGAUAGAUUUGGCCGUUUGGAGUUGUUCUUGGUGUCCAUCGUAUUUUAUGUUGUUGGCACGAUCAUCCAGUCUCAGGCCUACGAUGUGCAGCGUUUUGCCGGUGGAGCAGUGUUGUAUCAAAUCGGGUACUCGGGCGUGCAGUUGCUUUUGGAGGUCACGUUAUCGGACAUGUCCACGUUGAACUGGCGGUUGUUUGCUUCGUUCAUUCCUGCACUUCCGUUUAUUAUCAAUACCUGGGCCUCGGGCUACAUUGCAGCGGACAUCUUGGCCGAUCACGGGUGGAGUUACGGAGUGUGGAUCUGGGCCAUCAUAUUCCCUGCCGCGUCCGUGCCGUUGCUUGGCUGUUUCAUUUAUAUGAGAGUCGCCGCAGGCAGAACCGAGGAAUGGGCGCAAAUCAAGGCAGAGGAGAAAGAGGAGCAGAAGGGCAAGAACAUCUUCAAAGAGUUGUUCUGGCAGCUUGACGUGGUGGGCAUCUUGCUUAUUAUCUGUGUGUUUGGUUUUAUCUUGGUGCCGUUCACGCUUGCGGGGAAUAAAACGGCCAGCUUGGUGACGUCCUCGGAGGCCUGGAAACAAGCCAAGAUCAUUGCGCCUUUGGUGGUGGGCGUGUGUCUCAUUCCGGUGCUCAUUUUGUGGGAGGGCAAGUGGGCACGUUUCCCCAUCGUGCCGUUCGCUCUUUUGAAGGACCGUGGAGUGUGGGCUGCUCUCAUCAUCGCAUGUCUUGUCAACUUCAUUUGGUACAUGCCCAACAGUUUCAUGUACACGGUGUUGGUGGUGGGCUUGAACACGUCCAUUCUCGCGGCCAUCCGGAUCACGUCCUUGUACUCGUUCGUGUCGGUGAUCACCGGUCCUCUUUUGGGAUUCGUGCUUGUCAAGGUUAGAAGAACCAAGGCGUUCAUCAUUUUCGGCUGCGCCAUGUGGUUUGUGGCCAUGGGUAUCCUCUACCACUUCAGAGGGUCCAAUGACGGAGUCAACAACGAGUACGUGAAGCACGGAAUCAUUGGUGGUGAGUGCUUGAUGGGCUUCGGGGCUGGUUUCUUCACCUACGUGACCCAGCUUUCCAUCCAGACCUGCACCAACCACGAGUACAUGGCCGUGGUGCUUUCGCUCUACUUGGCGUCGUACAACAUUGGCUCUGCCUUGGGCUCAGCCGUAUCCGGGGCCAUCUGGACCCAGCUCAUGCCCAGCACAAUUGCCCAAUAUAUGGAGGCGCUUGGUGCGGACCCUUCCACUGCCACGGAGGCCUACCAGUCACCGUUUACGUUUAUCACGGAGUACGCGUGGGGCUCUUCUGAAAGAAUUGCGGUUGCCUUGGCCUACGCAGACAUCCAGCGUAAAAUGAUCAUCGUUGCUCUCUGCUUGUGUGCGCUCAUGUUGGUGAUGUCUCUUUUGUUGAGAGACCACUAUUUGGCCAGUGUGCAAUCCUUGGACCAGGUUCACGACCACCGGGAUGGAGUCAACGGCAGCCAGCCUGUUCUUGGCCGCACUGUUGUGGUGAACGAUUACGAUAACGAUCCUAUUGCGCAGUUCUUCCGGGGCAUUUUCAAGCGCAACAAUGCCCAGGCCUAGUUCAUGGACACUGACUAGUUUGCCCUUUGUAUUAAUUAAUUAA